CAAUUUGAGAGAGAACAACUAAAGAAGACUCAGUAUGUGUUAUUAUAACAUGCACAACUUAACAUUGCUGGUGAUUAUGAUAGUCAUAUCUUCAGGAGUUUCUGAGAGUAUAUCAGCUGAAAUCACAGUGCCUCCUACUGGGCAUUGUCUUGACGGCAUCUUCAAGUUGUGUGAUUGGGUGGAAUGGACGCCCUGGGGUGAGUGUUCGAAUCGCUGUGGGACGGGCGUGCAGACCCGGAGAAGGCGGAUCUGCUGUCCUCUAGACAUUAAAGAAAACAACGUAAGCCAGUGCGUGGUUGACUUGUGUAAGUUCUCGAUGGCACAGUACCGGGAUAAUGAGACCUGUACUUCUACAAAAGAUUGUCCACCAGAAAAUGGUGGAUCUGGAAAUGAUGCAAGUGGAUCCGGAAGUGAUAAUUGUUCACGUGCUCACACUAGUACGGUAGGCAUUGUGACGAUAGCUGUGGGCGUUACCCUGGGUGUUGUCGUCCUGACUACUUCGUGUAUUUGCUGCUUCUUUCUCUGCAAGCGUUGGUCGGAUGGAAACAAGAAGAAACGGAAGUUCAAAAGAUGGGAGAAGAGAGUUCGUCCGCUUCCGCAUACUCGACGACCAAACAUGCCCACCAGCUUUCAUUGAGAAAAAAACAAACUGUAACAUCAUUUACAUUUCUUUUGUCCUUUGUUUUGCUAACACUACCUACGUUAUACCUUUAUCGAAAUUAUUGCUUGGCUUGUUGUCCAUA